ACCAAUCACCAAAUCAUCGCAGCACAACAGAACAAGCACAGAAUUCGUUUGUCAAAGGGCCUACCUCUAGCUAAAGAGAAAUGGCGUCCUCGUCUGCUCUCCGUUCCAGCGCCUCUGUCGUCGUCGUCGUCGUCGUGGCAGUGGUGCUGCUCGCCGCCAUGGGAGCCGAGGCCGAGACAAGAAAGUACCAGUUCGAUGUGCAAAUGACCAGCGUGACGCGGCUGUGCGGCACGAAGGGCAUCGUGACAGUGAACGGACAGUACCCAGGUCCCACGCUGUUCGCGCGGGAGGGCGACCACGUGGAGGUCAACGUGGUCAACCGCUCCCCCUACAACAUCAGCAUCCACUGGCACGGCGUGCGGCAGCUGCUGAGCGGGUGGGCGGACGGGCCCUCGUACAUCACGCAGUGCCCGAUCCAGCCCGGCCAGAGCUACGUGUACCGGUACCAGAUCGUCGGGCAGCGCGGCACGCUGUGGUGGCACGCGCACAUCUCCUGGCUCCGCGCCACCGUCUACGGGCCCAUCGUCAUCCUGCCCCCCGCCGGCGUGCCGUACCCGUUCCCGGCGCCGGACGAGGAGGUGCCCGUCAUGUUCGGCGAGUGGUGGAGGAACGACACGGAGGCGGUGAUCGCGCAGGCGCUGCAGACCGGCGGCGGACCCAACGUCUCCGACGCCUACACCAUUAACGGACUCACGGGGCCUCUCUACAACUGCUCCGCUCAAGACACGUUCAAGCUGAAGGUGAAGCCCGGCAAGACGUACAUGCUCCGGCUCAUCAACGCCGCACUCAACGACGAGCUCUUCUUCUCCGUCGCCAACCACACGCUCACCGUCGUCGACGUCGACGCGCUCUACGUCAAGCCCUUCACCGUGGACACCCUCAUCAUCGCGCCGGGGCAGACCAGCAACGUCCUGCUCGCCACCAAGCCGACGUACCCCGGCGCGAUCUACUACAUGGAGGCGCGGCCGUACACCAACACGCAGGGCACGUUCGACAACACCACCGUCGCCGGCGUCCUCGAGUACGAGGACCCUUCUUCUUCCUCCUCCUCCGGCGAGAACCAGAGCAACAGCAACCUCCCGGUCUUCGCGCCGACCCUGCCGCCGAUCAACGACACCAGCUUCGUGGCCAACUACACCGCGAAGCUCCGAAGCCUGGCGAGCGCGGAGUACCCGGCCGCCGUGCCGCAGGACGUCGACCGGCGGUUCUUCUUCACCGUGGGGCUCGGCACGCACCCGUGCGCCGGCGGCGUCAACGGGACCUGCCAGGGCCCCAACGGGUCCCGGUUCGCGGCGUCCAUCAACAACGUCUCGUUCGUGCUGCCCACGACGGCGCUGCUGCAGGCGCACUUCGCCGGCAGGUCCAACGGCGUCUACGCCACCAACUUCCCGGCGUUCCCGCCGACGCCGUUCAACUACGCGGGCACGCCGCCCAACAACACCAACGUGAUGAACGGGACGAAGGUGGCCGUGCUGCCGUUCGGCACCAGCGUGGAGCUGGUGCUGCAGGACACCAGCAUCCUCGGCGCGGAGAGCCACCCGCUGCACCUCCACGGCUUCAACUUCUUCGUCGUCGGCCAGGGGUUCGGCAACUUUGACCCGACCAAUGAUCCGGCCAAGUUCAACCUCGUCGACCCCGUGGAGCGCAACACCGUCGGCGUGCCCGCCGGCGGCUGGGUCGCCAUCCGCUUCCGUGCGGACAACCCAGGUGUGUGGUUCAUGCAUUGUCACCUGGAGGUGCACAUGAGCUGGGGCCUGAAAAUGGCAUGGCUGGUGCUGGACGGGAGCCUGCCGAACCAGAAGCUGCCGCCUCCGCCAUUGGAUCUGCCUCAGUGCUAGGCGCGCGUCAGAGACUCAAGAACAAUGGCCAAUGUUGGUUUCCUCGAUCAGUUCCACUGCAUUAUUAUAUUACCCAUCAUCAAUGCGCAGCUUCGUUUGCUCGAUCAGUUGCCGUUUUGCAUGGUAUUGUACCUCGAUUUUUCUGCAGCUUACGUCGCGACAAUUUCUUUUCCUAGUUGGUGUGAUUCUUUUUGUUAAUGGAUUAUUCCUGAUUUCCCAUCGUUUCUGUUGUGCUUCGUUCGGCGGCCAUGUUUCUUGUAAUCUUUCUUGUAGCUCAAAGCUUGCCUGUAGCUUUUUUUGUGUGUGUGUGUGUGUGUGUGUGUGUGUGUGUGUUAUGGGUGCAAUGUAACCUUGCGCUUGGCCUGGUAUGACUAAUAAAAAGUGUAACGUGACUGAUUUCUCUGAA